UCACCACCACGCGAGUCGAUGAUGCUGUGGCUGUCGUGUGCUCUGUCCCGGCAGAGCACGUGGCUGCGAAUAGAUGGGGCAGUCGUUGGCAUCCCUGUAGAUGUCCAGAUACCAGAAACGACCACGUCUAACAAGCGGGUAGCGGUCUCCUCUCCUUGUUGCGGUCAUAUGGGCUGCACCGGGGCCAAUAAGAAACUCGAUGCAGUAUUGAUCCACCAGGUGAGCGACGGAGAAGAGAUUGAACUUCAGAUCAGGCACAUACAGCACACCAUCCACACACACGGUCUUCUUGCCGUUGUUGACCUCUUUGCAGGUGUACUUGAUGCGGCCGACUCCUCUGGCUGGUACGGACGUGCCAUCGGCCAUCACGAUCUUGAUGUGUCGGUCAAGCGGCUUGAUUUCGUCGAAGAGAAACUGCUGGUGGCAGCAUGUCUUGCCGGCUCCUGAAUCGAUCAUCAUGGAGGUAGAUCUCACAGACACACCACUGACGUUGACCACCUCUUCCUCGCACUUAACGGCCGUGACGGUCCCCACCAUUUCCAGCACAAGUGCGAGGUGUGUAUCCAAGCCAAGAUGAAGAUUCGUCCGUACCUGGGAAAUGCAUUCCGCCAU